AAGAGCUUGUUCGAAUCAGUAUUGUUUUGUAAGUCAAAAUGUACGUUAUGUCGAAAACAUCGUUAAUUUUCGCAGCAAUUUGCGUAACGCUUGUUGUAACGCAAGAAGGGAGUCCUAAUAUUAUUUCCAGAGCGCAAUGGGGCGCUAGAGCACCAAAAUCAUCGGUUCCUAGUCUCAAAUUAAUACCAGCGCCUUUCGUGAUUAUUCAUCACUCGACCGGUUCUAGUUGCCAGACUCGCGCUGCGUGUGUAUCAAAGGUCAAAAGUUUUCAGAAUUAUCAUAUGGAUAACCGACAAUGGGCCGAUAUUGGCUACAAUUUCCUAGUAGGCGAAGACGGAAACGUUUACGAAGGUCGUGGUUGGAACAAGAAAGGAGCUCAUUCUGUACCUUAUAACAGCAAAAGCAUUGGAAUCUGUAUCAUUGGAGAUUAUAGCAACCGAACACCGAACCAAGCUGCGAUCCAAGCCGUACAGAAUUUGAUUGCUUAUGGGGUAUCUACUAACAAAAUAAAGAAUAAUUACGUACUUUAUGGACAUAGACAAACCUGGCAAACCGCAUGCCCUGGAAACACACUAUAUGAAACUAUAAAAUCGUGGCCUCAUUGGUCGGCAAGUUCUAGAUAAACAUUAUUUUUAAUGCGACAAGAAACAAUUUUAUCCAGUUUGAUCAGAAAAUGAUCUACAAUUUUGCAUCGAUAACAGAUGUAUUAAUAAAAAUAUUAGCGAUAUAUCGUAAAUUCAACAAAACAUUGGAACUAGUGAUGUCAAUAAUUCACGUUAUAUACGUUAUAUAUAAUUGAGCUAAAUAAAUAAUGUGGUUUUACAAAAUAAA